UUUGUACUUCGCCUGCUCUUGGUUUAGCAAACCACCGAGUACCAGAUUUUAAGAUAACCGCGUCCAGUGUAGGACUUUGGUUUUUGACUGUCUUCAAACCACAUUUGGCUCGUCUCCAUGCCACAUCGGCAUGGGUAGCUGGGCUAUUAAAUGUAAAUCCGUACUUGCAAGUUAGCUUUUCGCCAAUAAGAAGGCUAAUAACUGGCGUUGCUACCCAAGGCAAUCCAGAACAUGACUGGUGGACUACGAGCUAUUCUCUCGCCUAUAGUAUUAAUGAGUAUACCUGGAUGAAUUAUAAGAAACAUGGAAUAACAGAGGUUUUUCUCGCCAACACAGACAGGAAUACAGUGGUUACUCACAUGCUAGAGAAGCCGUUUACUGCGAUGUUUAUAAGAUUUAUUUCAAUAACAAAAGUAUACCGUACAUCGCUCCGAGUAGAAGUCUAUGGUUGCAAUGCAUAAAAUGGUUUCACCACACGCAGCAAUAUUCAUGGUAAUAACACUGAAAUUUUUGAACUGUACAAGCUGAAGAACACUAUGAGAUCAGUGUCGGGUGCCGAUACCCUGGGAGGYGUAAUAGGUGUGCAUGUGACACACGGAUCGGGAAGGAUGGGGUCGUGUGUGUGAGAGAGUGUGGUAGCAUGGAUAUAGGGAUGAGUAGAGGUUAGGAAUUUCUUGCUGAACUGGGCACCUCUGUAUAAAUAUUGUUGAUAAAUAUCUAAAUUGUACCAAAUUUAGGAAGAAAAAAAAGAAUAUAGUCAAUCAGAAGGGAGCUUAAUACUCGACAAAUAGCUGAUCGACUGUGCCUCGUUUCCUGGUUAAUGCGCCUGUUGAGCCGGAAUCAGUCUUUCUUACCGAGUUCUUUACUGGUUUGCAAAAAGGAAAAAAUAUUUCAAUACGCCUUCAAUGUAACAAUUAUAAACGUUUGUGAUGUCCCGAGAAUUAAAUGAUCUCAUAGUCAGUAUUUGACAGAUAAGCAGGUAUAAAGCCGUGUACAUACACUA